GGGCUCUUCAAAGGCAUUGGGAAGCGUGCAUCCCAUUUUUUACUGUGCUGCCAUCUAUCUGCGAAUACUGUAAUUACUUUUGAAAGCAGUUUUGCUGCUUUCCGACAGGUGGUACUAGGCGUCCGUUGUUUUGAAAAUUGUGUCUCCGUUCGGGAAGGCGAAGGAAUUUUUGUCUUGUUGUGUCUCCAAACAAGAAUAAUUCGAGAUGUCAGAUAAUCGAUUUCUGACGGCAGCAGAAGCGCUUGAACUAUAUUUUAGCCUUCCGGACGACCCCACGUCGAGUGACUCAGAUGGGGAUACAGACGUCGACUUCGUACCAGAGCUCGCUCCGCCAGACUCUGAUGAAGAAAGCGGCGACGAUGGAGCAGCAGCUUCAACAAGCAGACCUAAAAAGCCCAAGGCUACUUACACGAGAAAGACAAGGAAACGACCGAAACCGCCUGCAGUUUCUGCUGAAGAAGAAGUCGAAGAGGAGCCUGGAGUCUGGGGUAGCAGCGAACCGGAGCACGCCGUCCGCGACCCGAAAAUUUGGGACCCACAGUUCUCAUCAAAAUCACCGACGACGCCGUGUGAAGCUUUUGCUCUAUAUUUUGACGACAGUGUCAUGCAUACACUAGUAGCAGAGACAAACCGGUUUGCAAAGCAGAAAAACCGCAAGCACUGGAAAGAGCUGACAAUUGAUGAACUUCGCGCAUAUUUCGGCAUACUGCUGCUGAUGAGCACGAAUCCAAGGCAUCAAAUGUAUCUGUACUGGAGCAGCGACAGUUUCUUCAAUUGUCCCGAAAUAUCAAGGGUCAUGUCUUUCCGCCGUUUCCAAAACAUUAUGAACUGUUUACAUAUCAACGACCUAAGCAAAGAAAAAAGGAAAGGGGAAGACGGGUACGACAGACUGUCGAGAGUACGCCCUCUCAUACAAGCGCUGAAUGCCAGCUUCAAAAGGGAAUACACUCCGUCAAGCCAUCAAUCCAUUGAUGAGAGCAUGGUGCGCUUCAAAGGACGGUCUUCGUUGAAGCAAUACCUCCCUAUGAAGCCAAUAAAACGCGGAUAUAAGGUUUGGUGCCGUGCUGACUCCCAGACAGGAUACCUUAUUGAUUUUCAGGUUUAUGAAGGGAAAGCUGCUGACCGCCCAGCCAGCAUGGGUCUCGGAGAACAUGUUGUGCUCUCCCUGCUUGAUGGUGUGGAGCCUGGUACACAACUAUAUUUUGAUAACUUUUUUACAUCCACACGGCUAAUGGAGGCCUUGAAAGAAAAGGAAAUUCUGGCAGUGGGGACCGUUCGAACAAAUCGCAAGAAUCUCCCUGAAGAAAUCAGACAUGAUAACAAGCUGCAGAAGGGUGACUAUAUAUGGCGGACAAAAGGAAGCAUCACGGCUUACCAGUGGAAGGAUACGAAAAACGUCCACGCACUUUCCAACUUUCAUCACCCGAAGGACACUGUGGACGUUGUUCGAAAGCUUUCCAAUGGCUCGUCCGUGUCUGUCCAAUGCCCAAAGGCCAUCUCAGACUACAAUACCUGGAUGGGUGGAGUCGACAGGUUUGACCAGAGGAGAAAUGCUUAUCCGGCAGACAGAAGAUCUAAAAAGUCGUGGUACCGAAUUUUCUACUUUCUGCUGGAUGCAGCAGUAGUGAAUGCUUUCCUCCAAAUGAAAGAAGACAAUCAAAUGAGCUACCUGUGGUUCCGGCUUGUCCUCGGUCGCCAACUGAUAAACGGCCAAUCCUUCAAAGGCUCUAACAAUCGGCCUUAUAAAGCCAACAAAAAAGGCACCAAAAAUGGCCAAAAAAUGGUAGGAGUUCAGGACGAAGUCCGAUUUCUGGGAGAUGGACACCACCCUCAGAAAGUCGCGAAAAGGAGGCGAUGUCGCUGGUGCUCCAGUGCCAAGAAAGAAGCUCGCACCAAUUUUUUGUGCUCUGCAUGCAAUGUGCCACUUUGCGCAACAUGUUUUGGGCCUUUUCAUGCUGGUCGAAAGUGAACUGAAAGCCCUUGAGAGGCAAUGGGACAAAUACGUCCCACUUUCUGAAAUUUCAUUGAGUGUCAGUGGGACACAUCUGUCCCACUUUUUCUGAAUAAACUACUUGUUCUUAUG